GGCAGUGGCGGUGGCAGCUGGGAGAGGCGCCAUCCCGGUCCCAACCCGCUCGACCCGCAGGACCCCAGCCCCGACGCCUACUGCAACCUGGUCAUCCUGGCUGUAGCCAACAGGGACGCUGCAGAGGAGUCCUGCGCACUCAUCUGUCAGGUCUUCCAGAUCAUCUAUGGGGACCAGAGUAUUGAGUGUGUGGACCGGGCUGGCUACCACUACACAUCCACGCCCGAACGGCCGUGGCUCUGCAGCCGCAGUGAGAGCUGCCGCACAGAUGGAACGUACGCCUAUGAUGCCGACUUCAGCUGCUGCAGCUCCUUCAAUGGCUCCCAGGACACCUUUGAAGCAUGUUACAGCGGCACGUCCACACCUUCUUUUCACGGCUCCCACUGCAGCGGCAGCGACCACAGCGGUCUGGGCUUGGAGCAGUUACAGGAUUACAUGGUCACGUUGCGGAGUAAGCUGGGGCCCCUCGAGAUCCAGCAAUUUGCACUGCUGCUGCGGGAGUACCGGCUGGGGCUGCCCAUCCAGGACUAUUGCACAGGCCUGCUGAAGCUCUAUGGAGACCGGCGCAAGUUCCUCCUCCUCGGGAUGCGGCCCUUCAUCCCGGACCAGGACAUCGGCUACUUUGAGGGCUUCCUGGAGGGCGUGGGCAUCCGCGAGGGCGGCAUCCUCACUGACAGCUUCGGCCGCAUCAAGCGCAGCAUGAGCUCCACGUCGGCCUCUGCGGUGCGCAGCUACGAUGGCGCGGCGCAGCGGCCCGAGGCACAGGCCUUCCACCGGCUGCUGGCUGACAUCACACACGACAUCGAGGCGCUGGCCCCCGAUGACGACGAUAACGACGACGAUGAGGAGGAUGAGCCCCGGGGCUCCAGGGGUGGGAGCGACGCUGCCGAAGACAACUACCUGUAGCCACCGCCCCUGCGGACGGUGUGGCCCCGCAGCCCACCUCCGAGUCUCAGCUUUGCCUGGGCGACCCUAUCCCCGGGGGAGACCCUGUCCCCAGGGCCCGCUCAUCACACCUGGCGGGGGCGGGGGUGUCUUCACUCCAGGGUCUCGCUCCCUGCCUUUGGGGCCCGGGACCCUGCAGUACCGAGAGUGUCCUGCAGCGGGUGAGCGAAGCCGGGCCCUAAAGACCGGGGCAGUCACCCGGGGCUCCCGUGCCGCUCUGCCAGGCUGGGGCUGGGCAGCGAUCCCCAGAAGCCCAGAGGGGUCGGCCCCAGAACACCUCCUCCCGGGGACGCCGCAGCUUUCUGGAGGCUGAGGAAGGCAUGAAGAGUGGGCUCCACCUGCUGGCAGACUGAGAAAAGAAUUUCCAGAAUUGGAUCCUAUUUUACAGAUCGGAAAACUAUGGUUCAAAAAGAGGGGAAAGGGCUUGAGGGAAUCUCCUGAUUCUCCUUAUAUGACCUCAAACUGACCAUACUAAAUAGUGUAGAAGGUCUUCUUAAGGCUCUAAAUGUUAGGGUCUCCCGUCCCCUGAUGCCUGACUUGUACAGUCAGUGUAGAGUAGACGGUUUCCUCCACCCAGGGUUGACUCGGGGGCGAUCUGGGUCCCAUUCUGGCCUCAAGACCCCAAACAAGGUGUCCGUUCAACUCUUGGAUUUGGAGCCAGGCCGACCUGGAGCCUCUGUCUGGUUAGUGUCAUAACCUCUGUGUGCUCCCGUUUCCCCACCUGUCCAGUGAGCUCAGCCCCCAUCCACCUAACAGGGUGGCCAUAGGGAUUACUGAGGGUUAAGACCUUAGAGCUGAGUCUAGCACAUGAUAAGUGCUCAAUAAAUAUUCCUUUCCACAUCAAA